CUGAAAUGCUACAUUUACUCGAAUUGUUUUGCGGGAUGCUGAACCUAAAGCAUGACUGUAUUCAAGCUCUGUGUCGGAAAAUGUGAUUAUUUCUGCAGAGUACAGAUUUUCAUGUGAAGAUGUCUUCAUUAGUGGACUAUGAAGAUUCAGAGUCAGAGGAUGACUCGCUGGAUCAGAGAGUAGAAGGAGCAACAGAUUCUGCUCAAACAGAAGAAAACCAAGACACUAAUAUUGUCAAGGUUAUACCUUACCCUGGAAGAUUUGUGUCUGACCAGACAGUGUGGGAAUAUCAUCAAAAUAUGGCAGAAACAAGCAGGUCUUCACUCCAUCCUCACUCCCAGCCACAGAGCUUUACUAACUCGAAAAGAAGAUGUGGAGGUGCAGCAGAUUUUAGAAAUACUGAAACAUCUUUCAAUUUGCCUGAUAGUCAGAGGGAGAUGGCAUCCCCGCAGGAUCUUCCAUGCAUGCCACAAAGUUUAGGCAAUGCUGCAAACUUGGCAAAAAGACAGCAAACUGUCCCAUCUGGUGUCAGACCGUAUAUCCCUAAGAGGAAGAGACUUGCCACUUCAGAAGGAGUGGAGCUAAAGCACCCAGCAGAGCAAGUCCUAGGGAAUCAGGCCAGAGAAAGUCAGAUUCUCUCAGAUGUGUCAGCAAGACUGAAGCCAUAUCUUGCUCAAACGCCCAGCAUGACAGGGAUACCCAGGAGGCUUCUGAUGAGCCUGAGAGGCCACCAGGGCCCAGUCAACACAGUGCAGUGGUGUCCUUUGCCCCAUGUCAGCCAUCUGUUGCUGUCUGCCUCCAUAGACAAGACUUUCAAGGUGUGGGAUGCAGCAGAGAGCGGGCGAUGCCUCAGGGUUUACACCUGCCAUUCGGGAGCUGUGCGCAACGCCUGUUGGACCCCCUGCGGGCGACACUUUCUCACUGGCUCAUUUGACAACACGACUGUGAUCACUGAUGUGGAGACGGGGCAGCCAACUGUGAAAGUGGACAACGAGUUUAAGGUGAUGUGUGCGGCCGUGCAUCCCAGCAACCCGGAGGUUUUCCUGUGUGGGGGUUACAGUUCAGCAGUCAAGGCGUGGGACUCUCGCAGCUGCAAGGUGGUGAAAGUUUACCAAGCCGGCAUCCAGCAGACCUUGGACAUAGUCUUUCUGAGGGGCGGUGUGACUUUUAUAACAAGCUCUGACUGCGUGAGCAGAGACUCUGCAGACCGCACCCUCAUUGCCUGGGACUAUGAGACCACAGCCAAAGUCUCCAACCAAAUCUACCAUGAGCGUUACACGUGCCCGAGCCUGGCUCUCCACCCGCUGGAAGACUCCUUUGUUGCCCAGACCAAUGGGAACUACAUAGCAGUGUUCUCCUCCCAGCAGCCGUAUAGAAUGAACAAAAGGCGGCGGUUCGAAGGACACAAGGUGGAGGGAUAUGCAAUAAAGUGUGGCUUUUCUCUGGAUGGAACUAUCCUGGCCUCAGGGAGCUCCACUGGCUCCGCUCACUUCUAUGAUUAUCACACAGCUCAUAUGCUUCACACCCUCCGUGCCCAUAGCCAGCCCUGCCUUUGUGUGUCUCAGCAUCCCGUCUUACCUACGACUGUGGCUACUUGUGACUGGGGCGGUGAGAUCAAGGUCUGGCACUGACAACCAACUAUGAACAAAGAGAUUAUAAACUUAAAACGUAGCAGGUUGGCCAUGAGAUGGAAGACUGUAUUAAACAGAAACGUCAUGUGCACAUUUAUCUUCAAGACUAUAGCUUUCAUAAUCUCUUGGCAAAAGAUAAGAAGAACUUGGCAAAAAAUGCUGAAAGUCAGCAAAUCUACUAUCUACUGAUUCCUUUGGAAAACAUUUUUUUACACUGACUAUCUUGCAAAGCUUUCACAUCAUAAUAAAAAAACUAACUCGAUUUCAGUCGCUAUGGUGUCAUCUCACUUUAAGCGUUUUAUUCCUAUUUGUCCCAUCUGUUCACAUCCUGUAAUCUUGGUGGUUGAAAUGAAAACAGUUGAAGUUACACUGUAUGAGAUCAAAGGAAACUUCUUUACAGUUAAGAGUUCAAAGAGUGAACUAUUGUUAUGGGUUUUAUCUAAAGUGGAAAAGUAGUCUAGCUGCACAUAUGCCCACAAAAACACCCCAGUGCUUUUAUAGUCCUGCCUUUCACCCCAAAUACAGCAGGGGAAUUCAUCAUCACCAUAGUCUUUAAGGUUUUGUCAAAAUAAAAAUAAAAACAUCUCU